AUGCCUACUCACAGGUUCUUAGGCAAUUUGCACGAUUGCUAUCAUAGCACCGACACAAGAGCCAAUGGCGAGCUAGCGGCCAAGCUGCAAGGCCAGAACGUCGUAAUUGCCGGCAGUGGCAGAGGCAUUGGACGAGCGACAGCAGAGUUGUUCAGCUAUGGAGCGAAGUCUCUGAGCUUGGUGGCCCUCGAGCAGGAUGAGGUGGACGAAACGGGCAGCAUCUGCAAAAAGCUGAAUCCCACUGUCGAAAUCUACUGUCAGGCUCUGGACGUCUGCGAUCCAGUCGCAGUUCGCAAAUUCCUCGACAAUGUCGUGUCACGUUUCGGGUCGAUAGACACUCUGAUCAUGAAUGCCGGCCGUCCACCACAGUGGCUCCCAACUCACGAAGGAGACCCAUUGAUCUGGUGGAACACUGCAGAGGUAUCCAUGCGCGGUGCUUACAAUUUCAGUCGCUACGCUCUCCCCUACAUGCGCAAGCAAGAGCACGGAGGCCGGAUCAUCUUCACUUCCAGCGCCGGCGCACAUUCGAACCAAGGCAUGUCAAGCUACACUCUCGGAAAGUUGGGAAUGGUUCGUCUGGCCGAGAUCAUCCACGUUGAAAAUCACGACCAGAAGGUGAAAGCGUUUGCAAUUCAUCCAGGUGCAAUAGCCACCCGCUUCUUCCACGAUUUCAAGAACAAAGUGGACGGCAAGACCGAUGAUCUCAAAUAUGUCUCAGCAGACGCCGAGGGCGAGUUGAAGUCAGCCAAAACCGCUGUUGCAAUCCUGGGAGGGGGAGAUGUCGAUUGGGAUACGCCAUACCUAGCAGGUGGUAUGAUGACGGUUCUGGCAAGCGGACAGCUUGACUUCAUGUCAGGGCGCUACGUGGACUGCGCAAUGAGGAUUGAGGAUCUUAUUGAGGAGAAGGAUGCGGUGGUGAAGCAUGACCUCUAUCGAGUACGUUUGCAUGCUGGCGAGAACGACUUCCUGCCAAGAUUGGAUUACUGA